AUGGCCAGCACUCUAUUAUUACUGGUGCUACUUGUAUCUGUGAUUACGAUGGUGGUCAUCUCUGCAUUUGGUGGAAAGUUCUACCAAGAUUUUGACAUCAUAAGGCGAAGUGGAGAUGCCAAGAUACUCAACAAUGGGUAGUCAAUUACACUGUUCAUUGACAGGAUUUCCAGGUCAGGUUUUCAGUCUAAAAAUGAAUAUCUAUUUGGGGAGAUCAAUAUACAACUGAAGCUUGUUCCUGGCAACUCUGCUGGCACUGUCACUUCCUACUACCUGUCCUGAAAGGGGCCUUCAUGGGAUGAGAUAGAUUUUGAACUCCUGGGAAAUUUGAGUGGCGAUUCUUACACUGUCCACACUGAUGUCAUUGCUCAAGGCAACAGAGUGCAACAAUUUCGUCUUUAG